UCUUUCCGCCCGCCCGGUAGGAGCGAGAGGUUGGGACUCCAGCUACAGGCGGUCAGCCGCAGCCGGAGUUGGCCGAGAGACCCGACCCACCUGCCCGCGCCGGAGCCGAGAGAGGCAGAGAGGAGGCAGCCCUGCCCGCCGAUCCCCGGCCCCUGGCGUCGUAGCCCCCGUGCCCCGCGUCCGCAGCCAGCUCGGCCCGGGGCCUGCCCGCGCCCGGCCCAUCCCCUCCGGAUCUCCGACCCUCGGGAGGACCUCAGCGGCUGACGGCAUCUCCUCAUCCUCCCCGCUCCCGGCCCAGGGCAGAUCUGGCAUCAGUGGGCAUCGUUUCAAGGGAAGAGCAUUUGGUUUCACUGGAGAUCCCAAGACCUCCGAUUUGGGGUCGGAAGACAGGAUUUUCCAGGGUGUUUGGCCCACCCCCCUUCCUCACCCAAGACCCCCUAGCAGCUCUGCUUGUUUGGACACUUUUUAAGCAAAAAAGAGCUGAGGAUAAAUUGAAGUUGAGUCAUGUCGGAGGCGGUUGAUCUCUCCUUUCUCUCUGAGACAGAGAGGGACUUGAUCUUGAAAGUUCUCCAGCGAGACGAGGAGCUCCGAAAAGCCGAAGAGAAGCGGAUCAGGAGACUAAAGAAUGAGCUGCUGGAGAUCCGGAGGAAAGGGGCCAAGCGGGGCAGCCAGCGGUAUGGUGAGCGGACUUGUGCCCGGUGCCAGCAGAGCCUGGGGAGAGUAUACCCCAAGAGCAGCACUUGCCGAGGCUGUAAUCACCUGGUGUGUCGGGACUGCCGCACCCCUGGCGCCCAUGGCACCUGGAGGUGCAAGGUGUGCGUCAAGGAAGCAGAGCUGAAGAAGACAACCGGUGACUGGUUUUACGACCAGAAAGUGAAUCGCUUUGCUAAUCAUCUGGCCAGUGACUUAGUGAGAAUGUCACUGCGCAAGAAGCCAACAGCUAGUAAAAGGGACACUGUGGGACAGUCUCUUCUCCAGCAGUCCCACCUAAGUGAGGCCCGGACUGGGAUGAAGAGCACCCAGGAGCCACUAAAGGAGUUCAGCUUGUCAUUUGCUGCUUCAGAGCCCAGAGAUGGAAAGGAUUCUCUGGAGCCCGAGAGCACGAGCCCGGACAAUAGCCAAGUGGAUGCCGUAGGCGACACUUGGAGAAACCCUCUGGAGAAAAUUGGAACCUUGCGAGAAAGCAAGAAAAGCUCCGAGGGCCCAGAGUGCAGCACUUCUGUGGCCGUUGCCGGCAAGGCCGAAGCCGGCAAGGCCGAAGCGGAUGAUGAAGUCCAGCCUUUGGGGCAGACUUUGGGGUUCGCAGAAGAGACUGAAAUGAUAUUCAAGAAAAAUCCCAGGAGAGCCCUGAGGCCUUCAGAGUAUACUAAGUCUGUCAUGGAUCUUCGCCCAGGAGAAUUAAGCCCUGGUAAUGGCUCCUUGGGAGAUAGAAGCAGGUCCGUCCCGGGCCUCAUCGCAGACAUGGAGGAGGAAGAGGAGGAGGAGGAAGAAGACAUCGAUAGCCUGGUAGAGAUCCACCGGCAGAAAACAGCAAGAAACAGUCUGCGUAGUGGCUCUUCCUUGAACACACUUGGCAGCAUGAUGAGCAUCUACAGUGAGGCUGGUGAAGUCAGUAACAUCUUGAUAACGGGGGAGAUUGCCGUCUCCUUGAAGUAUGAGCAAUCCUCCCAGACCCUGCUGGUCCGUGUGAAGGAGUGCCGCCAGCUGGCAUUUGCCGAUGACAUCAAGAAGCGCUCAAACCCGUAUGUGAAGACUUACCUCUUGCCUGAUAAAUCCCGACAGGGGAAGCGUAAAACCAGUGUCAAACAAGGCACUAUCAACCCAGUGUUUGAUGAGGUUUUCCAAUAUGAGAUCCCCAAAUCCCUACUGUCUCAGAGGAUUUUACAGUUUUCUGUGUGGCACCAUGGCCGCUUGGGCCGCAACACUUUCCUGGGAGAGGCUGAAGUCAACAUGAACUCCUGGAAACUUGACAAGCCUUUUGAUCAGUGGCUCCCCUUGCACGGAAAGAUCAGUGCCGAGACCCUGGCUAGCAUCCUGCCACAGAAGGGCGAGUUGGUGGUUUCACUCAAGUAUAUCCCGGCCUCCAAACUGCUUGUUGCUGGAGACCACAAAAAAGGCAAAGGUGGAAAUGGAGGAGAGCUCCACGUGUGGAUCAAAGAAGCCAAGAACCUGACCGCUGCCAAAUCUGGAGGCACCUCAGACAGCUUUGUCAAAGGAUACCUCCUUCCCAUGAGGAACAAGGCCAGCAAACGCAAAACUCCGGUAGUGAAGAAGAGCUUGAACCCCCACUACAAUCACACCUUUGUUUACUAUGGAGUAAAGCCCGAGGACCUGCAGCACGUGUGCCUGGAGCUGACCGUGUGGGACCGGGAGCCCUUGGCCAGCAAUGAUUUCCUGGGAGGGAUCAGGCUGGGUGUGGGUACUGGCAUCAGCAAUGGGGAGAUGGUUGAGUGGAUGGACUCUGCUGGCGAAGAAGUGAGUCUGUGGCAGAAGAUGCGUCAGUACCCGGGCUCCUGGGCAGAAGGGACCCUGCCACUGCGUCCCACCAUGGCCAGGCAGAAGCUGGGAUCCUGAGCUGUGGCUGGCCCUGGAGCUGCAGGAGCACCAGGCGGGCCGAGCUAUGGGAAGCGGGGCCGGUAUUCGUACUGCCUCGCUCCCAUGCAGACGCACACUCGUGCGUGUGUGUGUGUGUGUGUGUGUGUGUGUGUGUGUGUGUAUGUGUGUGUGUUCCUGUGCACGUGUGUAUACAGCUGUGUUCUCUGCGUAGCUCGCCGUCCUACAGCGAAGGGGGAUCGUUGUCGCCUCUGAAAGCCAGCCCAGUGCUUUGGGCUUAUUCUGGUCAGUGUUUGUGCUUGUGUUUAGUCUGACCUCGUCUGUUUUUCUCCCUGCAGAUUCCAUCCUGACCCAUUUGUUUUGGCUAAGGGUUAAAUGUAGUGUCCGAGAGCUUGAAACCAAGUUUUUCAGCCUCUCUACCUGCUCCUGGAUUCAUGGCCUCUUGGGCCUUAGCUUUGCCCCUGUUUCUGUGGGUUCUGUGGUGCUUGGACCUCUUUCUCAAGGAUGAUGGAGCAGGAAAAGGUGGAAGGAGUGAGCCCAAGGGCAUCAAGCUCAUCUCUUUGGGAGACAGGGGGGACGAAGGGACCCCCUCCCCAGUCCGCACUAAGGCUGCUGGGCCUCUCUGUGUGUUUUCAGCUCCUCUUCUAGUCCGACAGGAGGCUGUUUUUGAGGGGGGCACUCAUUGCCUCUCUUCCCUUUAAAGCUGUUCCCUUGAAUUUGAUUCCCGCCCAGCCCUCCAAACUCUAGUCCAGUGUCCGGUUUCCUCUCUGGGUAUCUCAGAAGCCUUUGUCAGUGGUGGUCCAAUUCUCUCCUUAGCACAUAAGGCCCUGCUGGGGACCUGGGAUGUAAGUUUUCGUCGGAGACCCCGGGAUCAAGAAGUUAGCCAUCUUAAGCGGGGGGAGAUGGCAUGGGCUGAAUGAGAGCUAUCUGGGAGAACGGCUUAAAGGCGGAGCGGACCUCCAGCUCGGGGCUCAGGGAAGGCUUUGUGAAUGAGUGAGCACCCAACUUGGGUCUCCAGGGAAAGUUGGGCCUUCCACCCACAUGGGGGCGAGGCAGGAGCAGGGAGUCUCUUUGGGGCAUGGAGGAUGAUAGAAGAUAGGGAGAUAGCCAGAUACGGGACAAGCCGGGGGGCCUCGUGCCCUCGCCACCCCGAGUGGCUCUGGGUUUUGAAGCCGGCCUUUUAGGAUCCAGAGCCUGUAAGCCGGUCGUCUUGAACACAGCCGGCAUAUUCUGUUCUCCUAAAUAGAAGCUUAAACAGUGCCCCAGAAUUCUGUGACUCGGGACCACGUCCCCCCUCCAUGUAUACACACACACUCACACACACGUGUACACACACGAGCACGCACGCAUGCUCAUUCUGAGCUUUCAUGCAAACGGAGCAGGUAGAAGAGAGCCCCUAGUGCCCCCACUGCCCAGCAGUGGACGUGGUGAUUCUUAAAGCGAGCCCGGGCCUUGUAUUUCACCUAGAACCCUAACCCCAGAGUGUUCUGCAAGGGAGCCUGGGUAUGGGUUCGGUGACUGGAAAUGAAUUCUCCAAGGCUUACUCAGCCUGCUUUGUGCUGACAAGAUGUCAUCCCUCCCACCCCCCAGCCCCCUGUCCAUUACCAAAGCACUCGCUUAUCUAUCAAGUUGUGUGUAGAAGGAGCUACGCUGGAGAGGAAAGCCACUCUGGAGCAAGCUCCACCAGCCGCUCUCGCCUGUGCCCGUGCCUGCUGUGGGGAGGAAUCGGAUGAGGUCGCAUCUGGCUUUGUGGGUUUGGUUUCCUAGAGUAAGGGGGAGAGCCCUGGCUAGAAUGUGUUGUGUUACUGUUUGCUACUUUAAAAUGUUCUCUUGUUUCAAUAAAGCUUUCUUACUUGC